CAGUAUAGUAGGGAGAGUCAGAGAGUGAAAGAGUGAAAGACACGCAUGUGACUGUGUCAGUAGUGUGUGUGUGUGUGUGAGAGAGAGUGUAUGUAUGUGUGUGUGUGAGGAUGAGGAUGGUUCGUCAGUAUGUGUUUUCUGCAGUGAUGUUUACCCUAUUUCUGUUCCUGACCUCACUGUGGCUACCUCAGGAUAUGAUUCAGGACUGUGAGUUGUCAUGGAUACCAUGUCUCAAUGUUUUCUCAGAAACUAGAAAAGUGGAUGCUGCAGGUCAUGUGGUCAGCAACAGCAGAAACAACAAUAAUAUUAAUGAUAAUAAUAAUAGCAAUAAUGAAGCUGUUAUAGAGGUGUGUCCUGGGCAGGAUUUCCAGGUGUCCCGCCUCCUGCUUCAUUUAAACUCUUCCCUCGGCUCCGCUUCUGAUGUGCUAUUAGAGCCGUACCUUCUCUGCUGGGAGGAGCUCAUUAAGUUCAUGGAGGCUCUGGGUUCUCUGGUCGGGUUCUUUACGGGGAAAGUUCAGGAGAAGAUUGUUCUGAUUCGCCGUCUCUCUGAGGAGGAAUCAGCUAAAUUUGACCUCCUCUCCACAGCUCAUCUCCAGCAUCAUGCCUACUACUCAGUGCGCUCCAUGCUGGAGGCGGAGCUGCAGAGGGGCAUGGUCAAUUUUGACAGGCGUACAGAUUCUGGCAGUCGGACUUUGCUCCGCCUCCAUCGGUCGCUGCUGUGGCUGCAGCUGCUGCUGGAGAAGCUGCGGGGAGGAGAGGACCGUGAGGAGGAGCGCAGCCUGGGGACGCUGUGUGCCGAGGCCUACGCCCAGGCUUUGGCUCCAUACCACCCCUGGCUCCUGCAGCAGGCGGCACAGCUGGCAUUCAGGGCGAUGCCCAGCAGGGCGGCGCUGCUGCCCAUCGUAUGUGUUCGGACACAGGAGGAGGCGGAGCCAAUAUUACACACCAUUAUCACAGCUAUCAGAGAGGUUCACCUGAGAACACAGAGAGAGCUGGAGCAGAGAAACAUGCUGAACCUGCCCUGAACCCUCACACUGAAAAAACACAAAUAUACACACAUAACAUCUGAAGUUAUAUAUGAUCUAAGGAAUGACUGUUUUUAGGACUGCAGAUCACAGAGAAGAAAUUCUGGCUGAGGAAAAUUGUGACUGUUUUUGUUUAAACUUCAACGUUUUUAAUAGUUAUUUUGCCGGAGUCACAAAAAGCCAGGAUUAGUAAGCAUCUAACCUUAUGAUAAAUUUCAGACUACUACAUCUGUGGCAGCAGGAAAGAACAAGCACUAAUAGAACUAUAUGAAGUUAAAUACUUUAAAGGAAAGGGUUGGGAAGAAGUAUGAUGCUCACUUUCAGGACUGUUUUUAUGCAUCUGGAAAUUAUCUGGUUUAUCAUCAAGCAUUCACACUAGCCGUUAAACACUGUUCUUGGAAACAGUUCCACUUAGAAUCAUCCUUCUUGCCCUUAAGGGGGACAAUGGUGUAAAAUGGACUUUUGCUAAAGUAAAACAUGAUAAAAAUUACUUACAUAGCACAUCUCCGUUCUUUAGACUGGGUAACACGGGGCAUAAUUUGCCCCGAUAAAAUGUUUUUUCCACCGUUAUCCAGCUCAAAGUAUCUCCACACCUCCUUGCUAGAAUCUGGAGAGCCCUGACAUUUAAAACAAGGUAUUAAUAACUUAAAAAAUGCACAAAAAGCUUAUUAAAAACCACGCUAUGCGAAGUCUAUAUAGAGUCCACAUAGCGUAGCAGCCAGCGGCAGGAUCAAUGGCGGCGCUCUGAGCUGUAGCUAGCAUUAUAGGAUGUAAACAGUGUUUUUUUAAUAAGCUUCUUGUGCACUUUUUAAGCUAUUAAUGCCUCGUUUUAAAUGUCAUGGCUCUCCGGAUUCAAGCAAGGAGGUGUGGAGCUACUGUGAGGCUGGAUAAUGGUGAAAAAAGCAGUUUAUCAGGGCAAAUUAUGCCCCGUGUCACCAGUCUGAAUGGUGUUUGGACAAUUUGUUAAAAUUUCUGGAUCUCGGAACGCUCUGGGAGAACACAGGUGUGCUAUUCAUCAAAACUAAGUACUUUUUAUCAUGUUUGACUACACCAAAACUCCAUUUAAACCGGAGUUCUUCUUUAAAGCAUACUGGGAUCUCUAACACAGAAGCACAGGGACUGACUUUAUUUAUUGUAUGUGUAGUUGCAUGGAACGGAUGACAGCUGCAUUUCUUGGCUGUAUACAAUACAAAUUGUUCUUAUGUGUAAAACAGGCUUCUAUAUUUUAGUGGCCAAGAAAUGCAGCUUACCUGGGCUGCAGGUAAUAUGACCCAAACUCUUCAAGUAUGUUAACAUUACAAGAUGUUAUACAGAGUCCAUUUUUGAACCUGUUGUUGCAAUCUGUUGUUACUAACCUUAACUUUGAUGCAGAUGAAAGCUUACUUCAAAAAACAAGACGCUUCAACAAAAGUAAAUGAAGUCAUUAAA